AUGAGCAUUUCCACUCAAGAAAUAAAUAAAUUGGCACAGGAUUGGUUAUCAAUUGACCCCAAUCCCAAAUCCAAGCUGGAAAUCCAACAAUUAUUAGAUGCUCAAGACUAUACAAAAUUGCAGGCAAAAUUGUAUCCACGGAUUGCCUUUGGCACUGCUGGGUUAAGAUCAUCCAUGGAGUCGGGUUUUGCACAUAUGAAUGAUGUUACCGUGUUACAGGCAUCUCAGGGUUUUGUCAGCUUUCUCAUCAAUAAGGCUCAGCUGAAUGAAAUUCCAUCUAUUGUAGUUGGAUAUGAUCAUAGGUAUCAUUCGCAAAGGUAUGCUGAGUUAUUGGCGAGUGUGGCACUUGCAAAAGGCUUAGUAGUUUACUAUUUGGGAUCAGUAGAUCACUUGUCACUGGAAUCAUUGGCGCUCUCGGGAGAUAAAGAUGCUAUAGCAAAGUUCCAAUUUGGUGCAAAUGGUGCAAAUGGUGGAAAUGGUGAAAAUGGUGAAAAUAACAAGUAUGGAGAAGACGGUAGAGAAGUUGGAGGAAAUGCAAAAGAUGCCGCUUUGAGAGAAUAUGUGCACACGCCCAUAGUUCCAUAUGCUAUAGAUGAGUUAAAAGCCUCGGGAGGUGUUAUGAUCACUGCAUCACAUAACCCAGCAAAGGACAAUGGAUACAAAGUAUACUAUUCAAAUGGAUGUCAGAUCAUUCCUCCUAUUGAUAGUGAAAUUUCGGACUCAAUCGAAGAGAAUUUAAUCCCAUGGAGCAAAGAGAAUGUUUGGGAUGUUGUUGGAAAUUUCAAACUUGGUAUAGAAAAUGGCAAAUUGAAGCACGUAAGAACGGAGAUUGUGCAGAAAUAUGUUGAUGCUGUGAAACACAAAUUGAUCAAGAACCAUGACUUGGACUUUAAUUUUGUUUAUACUCCAAUGCACGGGGUGGGGUUAGAUGUAUUUGAACAAUGUUUGAAAUUAUUCAACUUGAAACAAGGAUAUGAGGUGGUUGCAAAGCAAGCAGUUCCUGAUCCGGCAUUCCCCACAGUGAGUUUCCCCAAUCCUGAGGAGAAAGGUGCAUUGGAUUUGGCUAUGGAGACUGCAAAAGCAAAGGGCAUCAAUUUAGUUGUGGCAAAUGAUCCAGAUGCUGAUCGGUUUAGUGUAGCUGUUGUUGACAAAUCCGGUAAAUUUAAGCAAUUAACAGGCAAUGAGAUUGGGUUUUUAUUUGCAAUGUAUGUGAUUGAAACAUUGCCUAAAGAAGAGCUCAAAAAGACAUACUUAUUGAACUCUACUGUUUCGUCGCAAAUUCUCAAGGCUAUGGCUGCAAGAGAUGGUUUCCAUUAUGCUGACACCUUAACUGGUUUUAAAUGGGUUGGUAAUAAGGCCAUUGAUUUGGAGAAGGAAGAUUAUUUGGUACCAUUUGCAUAUGAAGAGGCUAUUGGGUUUAUGUUUAGCUUAGUUCAUGAUAAGGAUGGAGUUUCAGCGGCGGUAACGUUUUUGCAAUUAUACCAACAAUGGUUUGCAAACAAUACUCAGAAUGUUUUUGAUAAGUUGGAAGAAGGAUAUCAGAGAUAUGGUUGGUUCAAAGAUUUUAAUGGGUAUUAUAGAGUGAAUGAUGUCUCCAUUACAGGUAAGAUCUUCCAAGAUAUUAGAGAUUCAUACAAGGGUCAGGAGUACCCUACUGAGAUUGGUGAUUUCAAAGUUAUAGAUUGGAGAGAUUUGACGAUUGGAUAUGAGUUACUGACACGAGAUCAUGUUCCCGAUUUGCCAGUUGACCUGCAUUCACAAAUGAUUACUGCCGUUUUAAAGCCACUCGAUCAAUAUGGCAAAGAUGCUGACGAUCGCGACUUGUCAGUGAGGUUCACGUGUAGAGGCUCGGGUACGGAACCGAAAUUGAAAGUUUACAUUGAGGGUAAGUCCACAGUGAGUGGCUCUGAUGCUGUGGGUAUUGCGGAUAAAUGUUGGGAGGCUCUCAAAACCUAUUGGUUCAAGCCUGACCAUUACCAUUUGCAGGAAAACAAACCAUGA